AUCUAAGAUGGCGGCGGACAUCCGAAAGAAAUCCAUCAAGCCCAGCUCGGCAAAAGGAAAAUUCGGCUCCUCCAUGGCCAAGAUGCGCUGGAAAAUGCUUGCAAAAGCCCUUCACGAAGGCAGAGUAACGCAGGCAGACCUGUUCUUCGGGUCCACGCGGAGAUUCAGCGCGUUCGGGCUGCUGCAGAUCAGCCCGCUAGAACGAUGGCGCUCCGACGAGAAUGAAGAGGGUGUGUGGUUUGAAUGUACCUGCCUCAAAGAACCCGAGUUCGAGCUUCGGAUCCGAUCGCUGCCUGACAGAAUAUCGCUCAAGGACAUCAAAGGCUUUGACAACACCGGAAACAUCUGUAUAUGGCCAUCCGAGGAAGUCCUUGCAUACUACUGCAUGAAGAACAAAGAAAUCUUUGUAGACAAGAGCGUUUGCGAGUUGGGAGGUGGAAUGACGUGUCUUGCUGGAUUUGUCGUUGCCGCCACGACAAAAGCGAGGGAAGUCUUUCUGUCGGACGGAAACAACAAAUCUGUGCAGAAUGUCCAAAUAAUCCUCGAGCGCAAUGCGGGUUGCUUGGGAGAUGCAAAUGUGAUUGCAAGGAGAAUACGAUGGGACGAUGACGACGACAUCGAGGACCUGGCAGGACGGUUUGACGUCAUCAUAUCGGCCGACUGCCUAUUCUUUGACGACGGACGACAGCCACUCGUCAACACGAUCUGGAAACUCUUAGGAGACAAGGGCCUCGCCGUGAUCCUGGCACCAACUCGAGGACGAACGUUUCAGCAUUUCGUUGAGCUUGCGCAGUCGCGGUUCUACGUUGAAAUACUCAUGGCCUACGAUACCUGCGUCUGGGAGCUCCAUGCUCGGUAUCAGCAGGAAAGACCAGACAUCUAUGAUGCCAACCUUCACUACCCCCAGAUGCUCAUACUCCGCAAGAUACUCGCGGCAUGAGCAUCGUCUUGGUGCAAUCACUGAAGAAACUCUCACGGAAAAAGUGAAAACACAAAAAAAGCGAACAGAGUCGGCUCUAGUCCUGACCAGACGUCCGUCACGAAACGCCGCCAUCUUGGAAAGAAAGACUCUCAGGACCAACUAUUGUAUAGAAAAUAGGGAACUUAAAGAGGAACUGCCGCACACUGCGUGUUUUAAGUAACAGAAAAAAAAACUAAAAUAUGUGUGUUUCUGUGUGUGAAAUGUGGUUGUUGUUCAAAUGUUUUCAUGGU